CGGCCAAACCCACCAAUCCGCGCCCACUUUGCCUCCGCGGUUCGAACUACGCACGCAUCGAAGUCCGUAGUUCGUGCGUCAGUCUUUUCGAAGCCAUGGCAAGCCGCAGCGCCGCAGCGCUCGUGGCAGGAACGGCGGCCACGCUCUCGCUCAAGGUGGCGUUCGGCCUUUCCUCGCACAAUGGCGUGGACGUCCAGCCGCUCUUCCAGACCGGCCUUGUCUUUUUAGCGAUGGCAUUGUUGGUGCCCGUCCAUUACAUCUCGACGUGUAAUGGCGAGCGAACGACGAUCGAGAAAGGGGCCUUCUGGCGUCUCUGUCGUCCGGCCGUGAUCGACGUGCUCGCGACGGCGCUCGCGAUGGCCGGCCUCUUGUAUCUCGCGCCCAGCACACACAAGCUCCUCCAGUACAGCGUCAUGCCUCUCGUCGCCUUGCUCAAGUGGCUUCUCAAGAGAGACGACGCGCCCUCGCUCGCGACGCGCGGCCUCGGGCUCUACCUCGUCGCGUUGACAUGCAUCGUCGUCGGUACCGUUUGUAGCGCACCGGCCGCGUCAUCCUCGAUUGCGCGCGGCCUCUUGUUCCUUGGCGCCAGCUGCAUCGUGCAAAGCGUUCUGUUCCUUGUCGACGCCGACGCGUCCGAGCCGCUGCCCCCGCUCCUCGGAAUCGGUGUUCAAGGGCUAUGGGGCUGCCUCUUCAUGGCGCUUCUCGUCUUCCCCGCGGCCUACUGCAUGCCGAUGAGCUCGGGGCUGUAUGAAAACGUCCUUGCCACGGCGCACGGUGUUGCCACGAAUUCGGACCUUCUCGCCGCUGCGCUCGUGACUGUCCUCUCGACGACCACCUUUCACGUCGUCGCUGUCCGCGUGCUUGGAGACCUCGACGAGGUGUACGGGUACGUACUCGCGGUUAGCUUGGCGCCGAGCGUGUGGGCCGUCGGCAUUGUGCUGCAGUACAGCACGAGUCUGCCGGUCGACGAGCCGUGGGCCGGCGUCGCAAGCGUAGUGCAGCUCAGCGGAAUGGCACUCCUCCUCUACGCGACGACCUUGGUACAUAACGAAGCACCCGAGCUGCCGGUUGGCGUCGGGCACCGUGUGUUUGCCUACUCGUCCGGGAGCGCCACCGAGCCGCAUCUCGCACAGCGCCUUGUCGCGUACGGCUCGUUCAAGGCGGCGGACCACAAGACCCGUGGCUCAUUUGUGAUAUAAUGUGAGACUACGAGUCCUCGACAAGUUGCUGGUUGUGCGCUCUAGCAAAGGUAAACGGGGCAAAUAAUUACAGGUGGUUAAGACGCUA